GUUGAAAAAGUGAAAAAGCAUAAUAGCACCCCUUUAAAAUACAUAUUCUUUCAUUUCAGGGGCCCCUCAAUUCCUUACCGUAAACGGAAGCUGGAAGAGGAUGAGCGCCAGACCAUCCCUAACAUACUUCAAGGGGAGGUAGCUCGGCUUAAUUCCAAAUUCUUGGUCAAUCUGGACCAGUCCUUUUGCAGCAACAAUGGAACGGUGCAUCUCAUAUGUAAACUAGAUGAUAAAAACCUUCCCAGUGUUCCCCCUCUUCAGCUGAGCAUUCCAGCAGACUACCCCGAUCAGAGCCCCCACUGGGAAGAUGACUGUCAGCAGUAUGAGGCCAACCCCUUUUUGCAGACUGUGCAUAAGAACAUGACCUCUAAACUCCUUCAGCUUCCUGACAAGCACUCGGUGACAGCGCUGCUGAACACCUGGGCUCAAAGCGUGAGGCAGGCUUGCCUUUCAGCUGCUUAGAAAUGUAUUCCCAUCAGCACUAGCAGCCCAGUAUACUCCUUGCACCUCUAUGGAAUGAUGGCAAUAUAUUAAUACUUUUUGUCUUUAUUUACAUGAAUUAUAAUCUAUUUUGUUUAGUCUAGUACACUAAGGCCUUAACUGUUUGUGCAUUGCUCCAUUAAUAAAGACAUUUAAACUGC